UCAAACAGUACGCUGAAGCUUACAGUCUGUACUGAUCAAAAUCUACUAGUAGUGGACGCCAUCAAAGCUCUCUUCCUCUUCCUUCGUUUUCCUUCCUUUUCUCUUAAACUUUCCCUUUUUAAAGUUUAGGGUUUUUUUUUCUUUUCUCUCUUUCUCGAUUUUCUCUCAUUUUCUGUUUGGUUCUGGGAAUAUCAAUUCCCAUCUUCUCAUAAUCACAACUCAAUAAUUACCAUGCAUCAGACGUUAAUAUAUCUAGGUUUUCCGAAUACCGUUUUGUGAAUUGUGUUGUAGAUCGAGGUUUAUUUAGGCUUCGGGGGUGAGAUAAUGCCAAGGCAGAAUCUGAGUAUGGAUUUAAUGAUCCCUGGCAAAAUCAGAAAAAGAGGUUGUUCUUCUUCGGCAUCUUCUUCUUCCUCUGUGAUCCAAAACUACAGGUUUAAGAGAGCGAUCCUAGUUGGGAAGAGGGGCGGAUCCACUACGCCCGUGCCUACAUGGAGGCUCAUGGGAUGCUCGAGAUCUCCCGCGUCGGCAUUGCGUAACAUGGACUCCCCUAAGUAUCCGCCGUCGCAAGGCAUCGCCGGUAAAGCGAAGCAACUCCCUCCGGUUUCGGCCAGGAAGCUAGCGGCCACGCUCUGGGAGAUGAAUGAGAUACCUUCGCCUAGGGUUAAAGAAGGGUCGGACGACAGGAGACUUAGGAAGGAGCUCAGAGCUAGAGAGAGGAUGUCGAGGUCUAUGCAUUCGGGUUCUUUGCCUCCACAUCUCUCUGAUCCAUCCCAUAGUCCAGUUUCAGAGAGAAUUGAUCGAUCUGGAACGGGUAGUCGCCAAAGAAGAACUCCAUCUGUUUCUCAUAGGCUUAGACUUACAGAACGUCACGCUGGAGGCUUGGAUUCUCACAGCAAUGCCAGCUUAAUGGAGGUUGAGACUAGAUCCAGAGCCCAAACUCCUACUGCGUCCACUGGUGGUGUCAAGACUCGUCUAAAAGAUGUUAGUAAUGCUUUGAUGACAUCCAAGGAGUUGCUGAAAAUUAUCAACCGCAUUUGGGGUCAUGAAGAUAGACCUUCUUCAAGCAUGUCACUGAUUUCAGCCUUACAUGCUGAGCUGGAGAGGGCUCGUUUGCAGGUCAAUCAGCUUAUACAAGAACAAAGAUCUGAUCAGAAUGAGAUUAACUACAUUAUGAAGUGCUUUGCUGAAGAAAAGGCUGCAUGGAAAAACAAGGAGCAGGAAAUGGUUGAGGCUGCGAUCGAAUCUGUAGUGGGGGAGCUAGAGGUGGAGAGGAAGCUGAGAAGAAGGUCUGAGAGCUUAAACAAGAAACUCGGAAAAGAAUUGUCAGAGACAAAGUCUUCCCUUCUUAAGGCAGUGAGAGAACUUGAAACGGAAAAGAGAGCUAGAGAGAUAAUGGAACAAGUUUGUGAUGAAUUAGCCAGAGAUAUUGAUGAAGAUAAAGCUGAAGCAGAGGAACUAAAGAGAGAGUCUGCAAAAGUUUGUGAGGAGGUUGAGAAGGAAAGGGAGAUGAUGCAACUAGCUGAUAUGUUGCGGGAGGAAAGAGUUCAUAUGAAACUUUCUGAAGCAAAACAUCAGCUUGAGGAAAAGAAUGCAGCUGUUGAUAAAUUAAGAAAUCAACUUGAAGUUUUUUUAGGAACCAAAAGAAGCAAAGAGAAAGGGCAUGGUACCACUUAUCCGAAUGAUGAAGAGCUUGAUGCUUAUAUGACUGCAACUCGUUUUGGUUUGCACCAGAAGGAGCUGAAAGAUGAUGAUGGGAGUGAAGUAGUUGAUGGAGUAGAAUGUGAAGAGGAUUUGGCUGAAAGCGAUCUUCAUUCCAUAGAAUUAAACAUGGAUAAUAAUAAAAACUACAACUGGCCACAUGUAUCUGGGGCUGCUCGUGAUUCAAGGAAGGCUCUAAUUGAUCAAGAAGAAAUCAGAGAGAGGAAGUCCACAUCUGGGAAAGCACAAAGAAAAAGUACUUCACUACAAAGGAGCACAUCAGAUGGAGUGGACCUUCGUAUCCCAAGUGAAAAGCUUCAGACUUCAGGAGAUGGGAUUGAUUGGGACAGAUUUUCUGAACUGGAGAGGCACUUGCAAGGAAAAGGUUAUGGAGAUGAGAUGCAUGGAUACAAAUCUUCAAAGGGUCUUCGAGAUCAAAUUUUGUCUGGUUCUCGAUUGGGACCUGCAGGAGUUCAUGCUAGUCCAACGCGGCAAUGGGGACAAUCACGGCCUUCUAGAAAUUCUACCUGUUCAGUUCAGGAGAGGGCUGCCAUGGUUCAGGGAAAUGGAUCAAGGACACGACUAAUGGAAGUCAGAGGCGAAGGCCUAAUCACUAGAAAAUCUAAAAGAUGAGAAAUGCUCUUCUUUGGCCAUGCCAUUCCCUCUGGUAAAGGACCAGGUGCCUGCCUUUGACAUUGAUCUAAGAUGAAUACACGGACACAUGUAGGCCAAGGUAGUCAAAAUUGAGAUCUUUUCUUUUGUUGGUAGAUGCUUUUGAUGUUUGAUAUCUUAAGAGCUGCCUGGUUGCAGCACACUCAGCUGCCCGUUUUCUGCUCUAUUUUAAUUACACAUGCUGUGCUUGUAGAUUUCUUGUAGAAAGCUUUGCUAAUUUAGCAAGUUCUCCUCGUGUACAAAAACUUCUAGUAUUAUUGAGAUGAAUAUUACUAGAAGUACUAAAUAUUUGACCUCUUGUGUGUUCGUUCCUUGGAGCA